AUGGCGACAGUUGAAGAAAAAACGAAGAGCAAACCACCAGUAUAUCAGGAAUCGUCGCAGUAUCGGCAUUGGCGAUUCAGUCCCGAGCAAAUAUGGGAUAUUCGUCGAUCCAGGACAACGUCAGCCGUGGAUCGCGUACGGAAAAAUGUGCAGGAAGAUAUGGUAACAAAUCAACGCCAUGUCCCAGAGAAUACCCAGUAUUUGACUGUGGACGAAGAAAUGGCCUUGUGUCGCUUUUACGAGAAACAGCUGCAAGGCAUUUGCAAACACCUCAAGUUUACAGAAAUGGUCAUGGCGACGGCAGUGAUUUAUAUGAAGCGAUUUUUUCUGUACAACACGGCGAUGGAUUAUCAUCCAAAGGAUGUCCUAUUGACGUGUUUGUUCUUGGCAACAAAGUCUGAAAGUGAACGGAUCUCCAUUGACGAGUUCGGCAAAAGCCUUCAACUACCAUCGACAAAAAGCAUUUUAAACCUCGAGUUUACGGUAUCGCAGGGCCUAAAAUUUGAAUAUUACGUUCACCAUCCCUAUCGACCGGCCUACGGCUUCUUUUUGGACAUGCAAGCAAUGGAUAAAAAAUUGCUAAAGGAGACUUAUGCAAAAGUGCCGGGCGUUAUUGGCGAUAUGCUUUUGACGGAUUUACCGCUCAUCUACCAACCGUCACAACUUGGUCUAGCCGCCUUUUUGAUUGCGGGCAAAGACAACGGCUUUGCGACGCAAGUACAAUCAUAUAUUGAGAAAAGGUUCCCGCAAAAUACAAAAGAUUUGCUCGACAUUGCCGAAAAGGUUGCAGAGACCAUCCAAAAAACCAUGGCGGUGACGCCCGAACAAGCAAAGGAGAUUGAUUAUCGAUUACGUAUAUGCACGAACCCUGCAAAGAAUCCAGAGUCGGCACUGUAA